AUGGACAUUAAGAAGCAAUUGCAAAGUGCGAUUAAGUCGCCAAACGCGGUACAAGGCACCUCUACAACAUGCACUUUUGUUACAGUCCUGGGCUCGAACCGCUGCAACCUUUUAUGUCAUUUCGCAAAGAACAAAAAGCAAAAAGUUCACUCUGAACUCGCCUUCCAAUUCAGUUCUUUCCCGGCCAAGGCGGCGCACUUGGAAAGUUUUCAGUGUCUGAAAACCUCUAUUUCCGGGGCUGAGCCGGACGGCGUCUUCCGGCACAAGACGCACGGCGACUUCUCCCCAUGCCUCCACAGCGCCUCCAGGACAGCUCUGCUUGGCAAAGUCAAACUUUCCGCGCCAUGCCUCGACGGCAAGACCCAAUGUCGAAGGCGUACACUGUCACUGGGUCAGGGAGCCGAGAGGAGGGAGGGUGGGAACCGGGGCGCCCAGCCCCAGCACACUGGAUGCGGAAGCCGGGAGGAGGACCGUAGCCUCCCCGCAGGACGCUGCCCCAAGGCUACACCAAACGCUACAGACACAUGCGGACUCGCGCAUGCGCGGCGCAACCUCAGCCAGCGGCCUGGGCCGGGGAGCAGCCCCAGAACCGAGCGCCCGGCCCCCGCUCGCAGGCUUGCGCAUGCGCGGCGACGCCUAGGCCCGUGGCUCGGGCGCAGCUCUCGGCCCCUGGGCCCCUCGGCGGUCACAGCUGUCAGGAGCUCAGGCAGCGGGGGCGGGGAGAGGUGGCCCGCCGCGGGGGUACCUGACAGCGGCCCGCUUCACUUCUGCGCCCCGCCUCGGCCUCCCACACCACCCCUCCACCCUUCUUACCUCGGCGCAGGCCCGAGCCGCGUCCGCUCCGCCUUCCGGGUAGCGGUUACUGCUCGGUCGGGGGCCCGGCACCGCGGCGAGUUGGCGCCUCCCCCUGAAGCGGCCCGGCCUCGGCGGGAUGCGCUCCGGUGCCCGGCCGGGAGGGGAAGGAAGGGGAGCGCGGACGAGGGGAGGGGACUGGCGACAGCGCCUCGCCCCUCCUCUCCUUCCUCGGCUGCCCCCUGCCGCCCCCGCCCCUUUCCCGCAGACGCCCCCUCCCCGCGGAGCGGACCCCUAGGACUGACCCCGCGGCCCCCGCCGGGCCCGCCCCGGCCUGGGAAGUCCCCGGUCCCCCAAAUGUUGGGAAUUUGAAGCUGCCUGACCUGCAAGGAAGAGUGUGACUGCCUUUAUUGCAGCUGCUACAGUCCACAGACAUGUCUAUUAUCAGAGCACAGCCUACUGUGUCUCAGGAGGAGGCUUGCAAGAAAAUGGAAUUACAGAUAAGGCAACUUGGGCUCCAAGAAAUUAAGUCUUUUCCAUCAGCAACCAUGGCAAGAGCUGCCUGCCUUAUACACUUCGUCUUUUGCACAUUAUGGACGGAUGAAGUUCAUGCAUUCCUUAUGCUGAGCUUCAGCUGAAUCUCGAC